UAGCUUGCCCUUAUUCGAGGCUUAGCCAAUUGAGAUAGACUAUACAUAUUUCCCGCUCUAAACCACGUGAUUCCCACGUGAUACCCAAGUGUUGCUGUCUCGCUCGCACACCUCCCACCCGUGUUUCCCUCCACCUGGCAGGAGCGCGGAGCGCCGUCCGCCAUUGGCAUCGUAUUUCCCGCAAGCGCCGGUUCAGUCUAGCAACCGCUUUACAAAUUUUAAAAUUAUAUUUCAUUUAAAGUGUAAUAAUAGAUACUUUAUCAAGAAAUUUAUUGAAGUGCACUGAUACUGUAUUUCUAAAAGGCUGUGGAAGUGAGUUCUUCAGAUUUCCGAUAUGGAUUCAAAUCCUACCGAUGAUGUUCAAAACCUACAACCAGAGGCUAUGGCUUCUGGGUCAGUGCGUGAGAAGCGGCGCAAGCGGGCGCGCUCCAGCUCGUCCAGCAGCAGCGCCAGCUCCAGCUCCAGCUCUACGACCUCCUCAUCGAGCUCAUCCGAUUCCUCGCGCAAGGGCAAGAAGUCACGACGCCGCCGUCGCCGUCGCCGCCGUACCAAGCGCCAUGGUGAACGAAGAGUUAACGAACUAGUUAAGGAGGUAAGUGAGCUCCGGAAAUAUUUGUCCAAUAUGCACCCUAUGUCGAAUUCCGGUGUAAAUAUGGAGGAAGAUAUUGUGUCGGUGGAUCCAAAUGUAAGCGGCGAGUUGUAUGCGGAGAGCGUCAACCACGAGACCAACCCAACUGUUGAGGAGUCGCUCCAGUUGGAAGCUACCACCAAGAUAAAGGAACCCGCAGUUCCUAAGGCGCCGGAGCAGCAUCUGAAGCUUUUAGAUACGCUGCAGCGUUUUAACACAGCUGAAUGGUGUGAAGUUCGUUAUGCUGAUACCCAAAAGAACUAUAAUUUCUCACCUGGUUUCGUUGAAUUAGAUAUUAACGAAGAAGUUAAAGCUUAUGAUUCACUUCGCAAUUUAGCCUAUUCUGAUAAAACCUUUGCUGCCCUAACGUUCUGUGCGCUUCAGCAACGCGAAGUAUUGCAAACUAGCUUACGUAAUCUGUUGUCAUGGUAUCGUAACAAUGAAAAUACCAGCUAUGAUACAUUUAGUGAAAAAUUAAAUGAGUUGUUCUUAAAUGGAGAAUUUCCAAAAGUUUCUGCAGACCUUUUACAAUUAAUUUGUGGCCACAGGGCCGAAAUUAUUCAGAUGAGAAGGGACGGCAUAACGAACUCGGUCCGUGAUCCACUUGUGAAGGCUGCCAUUCGAAAGAUUCCACCAUCCAAUCAACAUGUUUUUAAUGCCGAGAAAUUCAAAAACACAGUAGAAAAGGCUGGAGGCGUAAGAAAAGCUUUUUGGCCGACUAAAUCAAGCAGCAAAAACCCUGCUCCGCAAGCAGGAACAAACAAGACUGCCAAGAAUCAAAACCUUCCGCAAAGGUUUACGCCGUCUGCCAUGCCCUCGCAGGGUUCUAGGCAUACAGGCUAUACGUCUGGUUUCCAGCGUUACAAUGCUCCCUCGCAGGGUGCUAACCACUAUGGGUCAUACAAUCGUCCUUCGCAAGGACGUUAUAAUAAUGACAGCCGCGGAGAUUCAUCGAACAAUGUUUCUCGUUCACGGGCUCCUCAACAAUUAACUACAAAUGGCCGCAACAAGACUGUCCGCAAACGAGGAGCAUCUCCCUUUCCGGACAACCGCGGAGGAAAGAGGAGGAGAUUUUGA